AUUUCAGGCGCUACGAACAUUGAUCUUGAGAAGAAUUCGUCUGUUAAGGUCGCCAGCAUUCCUAGAGAAAAAAGCAUCGUUAUCGGCAACAAUGGCGUUUCGAAGAGGCGAUCGAGUGGAAAUUUCAAACAAGGAAGAGGGAUUCCAGGGUUCAUACUACCAAGCAAACAUCAUCGCUUGGCUUUCCGAUCAAAACUACAUCGUCCAGUACAGAACUCUCGUCAAAGACGAUGGUUCAGCGCCCUUAAGAGAGAUUGUAUCCGCCGAUCAGAUCCGGCCGCUUCCGCCGGAGAUUCUGGUAACUGGCUUUUCAUCGUUGGACGUGGUUGACGCCUACGACAAAGAUGGGUGGUGGGUUGGGAAGAUCUGCGGGAAAACUGGGUCAGAUUACUUGGUGAAAUUUGAGAAUAGUGAAGAGAUUGCAUACCCAUCUGGUUUCUUAAGGAUUCAUCAAGAUUGGAUGAAUGGUGUUUGGGUCUAUUCUAAAGAAUAAGGUACUCCCUUCAUCUCUCCUGCAUGUGAACCAUGAUUCAAAACCAUUUGCAAAUCUAGUGAUAAUAUUCAAUAUU